GAGGACCAGGCAGCGGCGGCUGCCCAUCGCCGCCCCGCCUCCGCCCGCGCCACACCACCUCUUUCGCGUAGUUCCUCUCUAGUUCCCCUCGGGUGCCGCGUGCGAGCUGAGUGGGAUGGCAGAGAGUGCCGCCGGCAUUUUCACGCUGUUCCGAGUGUGUCGGUGAGUCUGGUAUGGGCCAGAAGCAGACGGAGGGCGCCUCUCAGUGCUCGCCGCGGAGGGAGGCUCUCAGCGUGUUCUGCCGCAGAUUUUGGCGCCGUCCGCCGAAGCUCCGGCAUGACCGCCACGCCUGUUGCCUCGGGGGCCAAUGGUCUGCGGCGCCGCGGCAGACAGACCUACACGCGGUACCAGACGCUGGAGCUGGAGAAGGAGUUCCACACAAACCACUACCUAACACGGCGAAGAAGAAUAGAAAUGGCGCACGCUCUGUGUCUCACCGAGCGACAGAUCAAGAUCUGGUUCCAGAACCGGAGGAUGAAGCUGAAGAAGGAGAUCCAGGCGAUUAAGGAGCUCAAUGAGCAAGAGAAGCAGGCACAAAAUGCGAAGUUGGCGGCGCAGCAAAAUGCGGCCAACAACCCCCAAGCCAUGACCCCCAACCAGGGGGCGGGAGGGGGGCCCGGGGCGGACCAGAACUCAGCGAACCCCGCGCAAAACUAACGACACAACUUCAUCUAUAAGCUAGGAUUAAGGUGAGUACUCAAAUCCAUCUCUUUUC